AUCUCUCACUGUACAAGGAUCAGGAAAGGAAAGGAAAAGCCACUAAGAGAAAUAAUUUAUAUUGUCGCACUCUUUUUGGAAUUUUGGCUCAUCUUCCUGAGAAGUACUUGACUAUGGAGAAGAUGAAGAAGAUGGAGGCCUCUCCAGAUCUAAUGGAAACAGCCAACGAAGAUGGUGUUACAGUACUCAAAAGAUCAAGAAAGGGUGGCUUCAAAACCAUGCCAUUCAUUAUAGCGAAUGAGGCAUUUGAGAAGGUGGCGAGCUACGGUCUCACUCCAAAUAUGAUACUCUACUUGAUGAGAGAUUAUCACUUGGGAGUGACAACAGGAUCCAAUAUACUUUUCUAUUGGUCUGCUGCCACCAAUUUCUUGCCUAUUGUUGGGGCAUUCCUCUCUGAUUUUUGUCUCGGUCGUUUCCUCACCAUUGCCCUUGGUUGCAUUUUCAGUCUACUGGGGAUGGUGCUACUUUGGUUAACAGCUAUGAUUCCAGGAGCAAGGCCUCCUUCAUGUGACCAAUUUACAGAAAGCUGCAAAUCAGCCACGUUUGGUCAAAUGGCAUUUCUUAUCUCUGCAUUCAUGCUGAUGUCUGUUGGAGCUGGUGGGGUUAGACCAUGCUCCAUGGCAUUUGGUGCUGAUCAGUUGAUCAACAAAAAAGAAGGCCAAAACAGUGAGAGGCUUAUGGAGAGCUUCUUUAGCUGGUAUUAUGCUGCAGCAUCUGUUGCUGUGGUGAUUGCUUUUACCGGUAUUGUCUACAUUCAAGACCAUCUUGGAUGGAAAAUUGGUUUCGGAAUUCCUGCAAUUCUCAUGUUCAUCUCUGCUCUCUCUUUUUUCCUUGCUUCUUCUAUAUAUGUCAAAGAGAAGGCCAACAGGAGCUUGUUUACCGGGAUAGCACAAGCAGCUUCAGCUGCUUAUAAGAAUAGAAAACUUCCACUUCCCCCUCGGAACGCACAUGUUUUGUACCACCAUAAGGACUCUGAAACUGUUGCACCAACUGACAAAUUAAGGUUUCUUAAUAAAGGUUGUACUAUUAGAAAUCCGGAACAAGAUUUAGCCCCAGAUGGAUCAGCUUCAAAUCCAUGGAAGCUUUGCACAGCUGGGCAAGUAGAGGACCUGAAAGCUCUUAUUAAAGUCAUCCCAAUAUGGUCUACAGGGCUCUUGAUGUCAAUAAACAUUAGCCAGGUCUCAUUCCCUUUGCUCCAAGCUAAUUCCAUGAACAGACAUGUAACUUCUGGCUUCGAAAUUCCGGCUGGCUCCUUUGGUAUGUUCACCAUCAUUUCUUUAACCAUCUGGGUUGCUCUCUAUGAUCGUGUUAUAAUACCCUUGGCUUCGAAGAUCAGAGGUAAACGUGUUCAACUUAACACGAAACAGAGAAUGGGAAUUGGGAUAUUUCUCUCAACCAUGGCCAUGGCAGUUUCUGCAAUAGUUGAGGGUGUUCGACGUCGAAAAGCAAUCGAACAAGGUUUUAUGAACGAUGCAAAAGCAGUUGUGAACAUGUCUGCACUGUGGCUUGUACCACAACAUUGCAUAAAUGGCUUGGCCGAAGCUUUCAAUGCCAUAGGCCAAAUGGAGUUUUAUUACUCCGAGUUUCCAAGGAGCAUGUCAAGUAUCGCUACGUCUCUAUUCGGAUUGGGACUGGCAGCUGCAAAUUUGUUAGCAAGUGCUAUACUAAGCUCGGUAGAUAAAUACACUUCGAGAGGAGGAAAAGUGAGUUGGGUUUCAAGCAACAUUAACAAGGGACACUAUGACUACUAUUAUUGGGUUCUUGCUGGUAUCAGUUUUGUGAAUUUCAUCUAUUUUAUCGUAUGUAGCUGGGCUUACGGUCCCUGUGCGGAUGAUAUGUUGAAGGUUGGGCAUAUUCAUCACCAAACUGACUCUAAGAAGCAAGAGUUACCAAAAGUAGGAAAUGGGGAUACGCAAAAUGGCUUAAAGGAACAAGAGCUAUCAAAAUUAGUAAAGGGGGAUGAGUAUGGUGGGUCUAAGGAACCAGAAUUGCCAAAAUUAGGAAAUGGGAUUAAGGAUGAAAAGAAAGUAUUAGAGGAGGGAGAAGAUGAGUUAUUGAAAACCAAGAAAGCAUGAUAUUGUUUGUAGCCUUAAUUGCCAAAUUAUUGCUUGGCUUUUAACUAGUAGUCGGUCCAUGGUGAUUAGGAGUAUUAUAUAUAUAUAUAUAUAUAGUUUAUAAUAUUGAAAUUUGUAUAUCAGUUAUAAAAAUAAUUAUAAAUAUAUAAUAAUUAAAUUAGAAA